AUGGGACAAAGAAGUGGACGUCAAGAAGGAAGCAAGGAACCAGAGGUGGCACUAAGCGAGACCAUGGAGGCAGAAAUGGAAGUACAAAAUAAUGAAGAGGAAAUUGAAGAGGUGAAGGCCAAAAACCAGAAGUUGACAUCAGUCUUUGGUGUGGCAGACUUAAAAAAUGAAGCUGUUGGACUGUACAACCUUGGACAGACCUGCUGUCUGAACUCUCUGCUCCAAGUGUUCCUCAUGAAUAUACGUUUCACAAGGAUACUCCGAAGGAUCACAGUGCCAUCAUCUCCUACACAGAGGAGGAAUAAUGUCCCAUACCAAAUGCUCCUGCUGUUGGAGAAGAUGCAGUGUGACAAGCGCAAAGCUGUUCAUCCCACAGACCUGGCUUACUGUCUUUCAGAGCACAGAAUGAAAUUGUUUGUGCAGUAUGAUGCUGCUCAGCUCUUUCUGACUCUCUGGAAUUUGUUAAAGAAGCAGAUGAAAAAGCCAGAGCUGGUUGAAGAACUGAGUGAUUUGUACAUGAUUUGCAUACAGGAGCAUCUGGCCUGUCAGAAAUGCUCUUUUCAAAAAAAGAUCAACAGCACCAUGUUAACCCUUCCACUCCCAGUGUUGGAUGCCAAUUCUCACAGGCUGAAGACUCUGGAGGAGUGUCUGCAAUACUUCUUCCUUCCAGAGGAGCUGACUGGCCAAAACAUGUGUUUCUGUCAGCAGUGUGGAAGGAAAACACCUUUUCUGCAGAGCAUGAAGCUUGUGCAUCUGCCACAGACUCUGACCUUGCACCUAAAGCGCUUCUGCUUUGAAAGAUCCUCUCACAUGCACAAGCUGAGUCACUCCCUGCCAUUCCCACAAGAACUUGAUUUCAGGGAAGUCUUGACAGAAAAUCAGUGGCAAGCAGAUGACAGUGAAAAGGCUACGUGGCAGUAUGAGCUUUUUGCUGUGGUUGCUCAUUCAGGAUCAACUAGUUGUGGCCAUUACUGUGCCUACAUUCGGAGCCUCACAGAGUGUAAAUGGUAUUGCUUCAAUGAUUCUGAGGUUUGCCAGGUGUCAUGGGAUGAUGUUAAAUGCACCUAUGGACGUUCCAACCUCAACUGGAGAGAAACAGCCUAUCUCCUGUUUUACAUGAAAAAGCACCCUCAGUAGCCCUGUCCAGGAGUAUCAGAAUGUCUCUGAAAGCUGUCCAUUGUCCAUGGAGCUCAGCACCUCUGUGCCAGUGUGGACAUGUACAAAUGUUUCACAAGAAAACAUUCUGCACUCAGCAACUUCGGUCUUCACAUUUAUUUAUGAAAAAAGUGCAGCAGACACAGCUAGAGAAAGGAUCUAGAAACUGUUGUAACUAGAGAGCAUUUAUUUAAUGUAUUUUUUUAUUUUUAUGUGACUUCAUAUGUUCAUUUCCUCUUUAAAAGAUGGUGAAGUUAGUCCUUGUCUCUGCUGCUUUACCAUUUUCCUUAAUGCUGAUGCCUGGAUUCCAGUCCAGGGGAAGUGUUUGGCCUGAAAGCCUGUGUGAUGUUCCAAGGA